GACAGUUCUGUCUUAACGAUUCUGAUAUUAAUGAGACAUCUUUGUAAAGGGUUGAAGUAUCUUCCUGAACUGUCAAUUUAUUAACGAAGCAUGGCUUGUGUUGAACAAGAUAAGCUGGGACAGGCAUUUGAAGACGCUUUUGAGGUAUUGAAGCAACAUUCAACUGGAGAUCUUCAGUACUCCCCAGAUUACAAAAAUUACCUCGCGUUCAUCAACCACUGUUCUCAUGUCAGAGGAAAUUCCAACUGCUGUGGUGUGCUGCCUGUAGAGGAACCUGUCUAUAACUGGAGAACAGUAAUAAACAGUGCUGCAGACCUCUAUUUUGAAGGAAAUAUUCAUCAAUCUCUGCAGAACAUCCCUGAAAACCAGCUAGUACAACCUGCUGUUCUCCAGCAAAAGGGAGGAAAAGGCAGGAAGAAGCUCCGACUGUUUGAAUAUCUUCAUGAAUCCCUGAGUAAUCCCGAGAUGGCAUCUUGUAUUCAGUGGGUAGAUAAAAACAGAGGCAUCUUUCAGUUUAUAUCAAAAAACAAAGAAAAACUUGCCCAACUUUGGGGAAAAAGAAAAGGCAACCGAAAGACCAUGACUUACCAGAAAAUGGCCAGAGCACUGAGGAAUUAUGGAAGGACUGGGGAAAUCACCAAAAUCCGGAGAAAGCUCACUUACCAAUUCAGCGAGGCCAUUCUCCAAAGACUUUCUCCAUCUUAUUUCUUGGAAAAGGAGAUCUUCUACUCACAGUAUGUUCAACCUGAUCAAGGAUAUCUCAGUUUAAAUAACUGGAAUGCAAAUUAUAAUUAUACAUAUGCCAAUUACCAUGAGCUAGGUCGCCCUGAUUGCUAACUAUACUCUUACAUUUCAUGAUUUCCUGGCAUCAGAAAUCCCUACAAAUUUCAGGAUUUUUUUCUUAAAGCAAAUACUGAACAGAAAAAAAACCAUUUAACUUCAUUGUUGCUAUCUUUUAUUAAAUAGCAUAAUUUACACUAACUUGGUGAGAAAUUCUGCUAGUGAACAACUUUAAAAUAAUCAAAUCCUAUUUGAAAGUAUAGACUAGAUGUCCUUGCUUUUCCUGUUGUCUAUGCAAUACUUUUUUAGAUUAACAACGCCUGUAGAGAUGAUUUGAUUUAUAUAUUCAUUUAAAUAUUAUUUUCCUGUCAUGACACUCAGACAAAAAAAAAUCACUCUAACAUAUAUCCGAUGGCUUUAGCAACAUAACAAAAAAUGAUGGCAUAUGAUGGUGUUCAUGCUAAAAUAAUUCGUGGCUUUAAAAAUUUCAGAGGCUAUCUAUACUGAGCCUAUAUUUUCUUGGCACUUCAGACCUCAUGAUCUGUAACCUUGUGGCGCUAAAGAGACCAUGGGCUAAGGAAAAUCCCACCUACCUUAAUGAUAAUAAAACUCCGAAGCUUACACUUCC